AUGCACGCGGUUGGAUUGCACUCGGCGCUGGCCAUCAAGCGUCAGCGAAUGCGCCGGGACGAGCAGCGUCGCGCGCGCGAGCGUCGUUAUAGCGCGCAAUCGGGUGAAAGUGGCCUGACAUCGCCUAGGGCCUCGACCGGAUCGCUGGACCACCAUGGCAAGCAUCACAAGGGCACGCAUGGCGGGACGCGCGCGGCCGGCCAGGGUAUGCUGGACACGAAGGUGGUCACUUCGAUCGGGAUGCUGCAUAUCGGCGUGGUGUUCCUGGUGCUGGGUGCUUUUCUGCUGAUGAGCGGCUUGUUGCCGGGCGACCUCGCUCACUGGGGCACCAAGGCGUCUGGCGGCUGGUGGAACGAGCUGGUCGCGGUCGGCCUGUUCGCGAUCCUCGUCGGCAUCUUCCUGAUUAUUCUGAAUCGCGUGAUUGCGAAGAGGGAGGAGGACGAUCUCGAGGAAUACGUGCAACGGCAGCUCACCAGAUCCCGAUCAGGGCACCGAUUGGAACGAGAUGUGGAGACCGGUGGGCUGACCACUCGCCACGCUAGACGGGCAAAACAGAUGAAGCAGGUGUCGUCGGACACGUGUCUCGAGAUCAAGGACAACGGCAAGGUGAACGGUAGCGGUUCGCCGCCACGGAGCCCGCCACCGGCGUACUCGCCGCAGAUCACGAUCAACGGCGACAAUCAGUCGGUGGUCCAAUCGGCACUCUACCUGGAGCAGAUUACCGAGGAGGAGAUCAUCAGCGGUGUCGAGACCUCGACCACCAACAGCCUCAGCCCGAGCUCGCCCAGCGAGACCCGAGAGCUGUUGCAGAACGCGCGAUACUCGAAGCAGAAUGGAAACCCGCAGCAGGUUCAUCGGCCGCUUUACGUUUCCAAGAUCUAA